UACCCAUAUAUCAUGAACUACAGGAAAUGUGCUAUGCUUGCCGCUGCGUCAUGGGCCUGGGGUAUUUUUGGGGGUUUGGGGCUCUCUGUUUUAAUCUUCACCCUUCCCUUCUGUGGGUCAAAGACAAUCAGCCAUUUCUUCUGUGAUCUUAUUCUGGUUCUGAGGCUAGCAUCUACCAAUACCUAUGAAAUUGAAAUGGCCAUUUCUACAUUAACAGUGCUGGCUGACUUGAUACUGUUCUUGCUCAUCCUUUAUUCCUACAUCCUCAUCAUCUCCACUAUUUUCCUGAUGCCAGUGGCCAAGAGUAGGCACAAAGCAUUUUCCACUUGUUCUUCACAUCUCACUGUUGUUUGCAUUUUCUACGGAACUAUCAUUUUUACUUAUAUUCAUCCAAACUGGGCAUAUUCUGAGGACAGUGACAGGAUCCUUGCUCUGCUCUACAUAGUGGUGACCACAAGCCUGAACCCCAUCAUUUACAGCUUGAGGAAUAAAGAGACAAAAGCUGCUUUCAUGAAAUCAGUAGGAAAGAAACAGAUCUUCCGGAGGUAA